AUUGAGCACCAAAACAAAUAUUUCUUACAAGAAAACCAUGGCUACUACUCUUCCCAAUUCAUUCUUUACCACUCUCGUCAUCUCCAUCCUCCUCGCCUCCGUCCUCUACCAAGCCACCGGCGAUGCCGAUGAUUUUUUGGUGGAACUCAAUCAAUCAAAGCCCGUCAAGGAAAAACUCAGCCAUUUUCGUGUGUACUGGCACGACAUUAUAAGUGGUCGGGACCCAACAUCAGUUCGAAUCGUCAACUCGUCCACUCGUAAUGGAUUCGGAACAGUGAACAUGAUUGACAACCCACUAACCGUAGGGCCUGAACUGAGCUCCAAACUCGUCGGAAAGGCCCAAGGGUUUUACGCACUUGCGUCGCAAGAAGAGCUUGGCCUAUUAAUGACCAUGAACUUCGUGUUCAUCGAGGGGAAGUACAACGGCAGCACGAUCACGGUGUUAGGGAGGAACGCCGUUUUGAAUGAGGUGCGGGAGAUGCCGGUGAUUGGAGGAAGCGGGCUUUUCCGAUUCGCUCGUGGCUACGUUCAGGCACGGACGCAUAUGUUUGAUAUUAAGACGGGAGAUGCGACGGUUGAGUAUAAUGUUUAUGUGAUGCAUUAUUGAUUAAUUUCUCUUUAGAAAAUUUUCAAUGAGAGAAUAAUUGAUGUGGGGUAGGUAAGUACAAUAUUAUGCAAUAUUUUAUCGUACUUGAUUAUGAU